GGGCAAUUAUAGGUCCGCGCAUGCGCAAUGCUCCCCAUCCCCCGCUCUGUGUGUGUGUGAUGUCUUAGAGUGGAUUUUAAAGAUGGCCGGAGCGGCUCCCGUCUACUGUGUCUGCCGGCAGCCCUACGAUGUGAGCCGGUUCAUGAUCGAAUGCGACAUCUGCAAGGACUGGUUCCACAGCAGGUUAGGGGCGCCUUGGGGCCUCACCUUGGGAUUUUGGGGUGUAGGGUUGUGAAGAGUCACAGCUGGGAUAGGGAAGGGGGUGAUAAUAACAAUAAGGUGGUCUGAGGUAAUCGGGGGAGCCAGGGCCCUUGCUGGCUGCUCUAGGUGAUGGGAGUCUUACUGAAGGCGUAGUAUAGAAGUGGUUGUGGUGUCAGGGACAGGUGGCAGAGAUUAAUAGGGAAACCCCAAAGAGUGCACAGCACUGUCUGUUGGUGUGCAUGGGAUCCUUAAUCACUAAUGACAGGUUCAGGGGUACAGCUUUCCUCUGGACACAUUACAAACAGUUAUACUGGGGGUCACUAAAAAUGCCUUUGACACUUCUGAUGACAGAAAGUCUCCCAGGCCAAACAUGGUUGUGUUGCCAGUUUUAUUAUAAAUGUGAUGACCUGCAAUGGGAGUCCCAAGCUAAUAAUUGUUUAAGGCAUGUUAAGGUCACUCUAAAGAAUAUGGAAAGGGCACAGAUGUCGUAUUUCAUUAGUAAUAAUAGUAAGGUAUGUGGAUAUUGUACCUCAAAAUAAUCUGUCGUUUGCAAGAGCCAAAGUUUAAAAAGCAAAACAAAAGCAAAUUGAUGGAGACCUCCUAUAUUUAGGGGUACUGAUGUACUCCUAUGUGAUGGAUAGUUACUCCAAAAAAAUAAAAAAAAUAAAUGAGAUUUGGGGGUGCAGGAAGUCACAGGGGUGCAGGAAAUCUUACUUAGUAACUGGAAAAUGUAUCUUAUGGAUUAAUAAAUACAGCUUCAUAGAGCCCCUUUCUGUUACACGGAAGUCAACUGACUCCCCCAAAGCACUCCUGAGUAGGUUUGUUUUGGUGCUCAGGUAAUGUUCUAGUAUAAUGUUGUGAUUGUUACAAAGUAGUUGGAUUCUAGUCCAAUUUUAAUGAUAGAUGAUUGUAUGUACAAAACUGAUCUUGUGAACUGACAUUCAGAUGGGUGCAUGUAAGUGUGCUGAAGAUGCCCCCAAAUUGGUAUAGAAACCACCAUCACUUGCUAAUUACUAUAUAAUGCAAAGACUAAAUGUGUGCAAUGUAACUCCUCUUUCUCGAAUACUAUGUUUUGGGUAAAGGGAAUAUUUCUCCCCUGGCUGUAGCCACGUGAUUGUGCCAGGCUGUUUAUGUUGAGAUAAUUAGAGUUGGGGAGGUCCUGAAAUCCAGACAUAUUGAUAAGAACAGUUUGUGCCUAGGUCCUUAAUAAAAAGGACCCGGAUUUGUGUUGUGUCAUGGUCGUGAUUUGAUGCUUUCACACUGCGGGCUUCUUGUAACAAUGAGAAUUUUUUUUUUCUCUCUUUAUCGGUGUCCUAUGUAUUCUGUCAUUCUUUCACUUUGUUUCACGUGAGCAUUUUAUUUUGUAGUUUAGCAGCACCCCCUGUGACAUUUUCCUAGUGCCUGUUACGUCAUGCGUAUUUCCUGUCUAUGUUACGACUACAGAAUUGGUAACCUGCAAUAAUGCUUAUUGUACUCUUUCUGUGGAUGGCAUUGAGAUAUUUCAGUGCUUUAUGUGUGCAGUACCCCUGCAUUGCAAUAGUUAAUGCCAGAAGCCAUAGUAUCUAGACAUAACUGUCCUAAUUUCACCUCUUGAUAAGCGAGUGAGCCACUUGUGCUUUGAAAUGAGAUCGUGGCUGGCAAAUGCCUAUUUUGUGGGACUCUGAUCUGCUGUCCCCAUGCGACAUUAAAAUGCCCAAAUUAUGAUGAGGUCCCGUGAGGAGUCUGGUUCCUUUCAGGGAUACCUAAACAAAGGAAGCAGUUUCCUACUGUUCUUCCAGAGGCUUUCCUUUUUUUUUUUUUUUCUGUUUUGCAUAACACGUUUUUCUUGGUUAAACACCAAAGAUGUUUGAGGGUGCAGUUGAUUAUUUCUAUUUUUUUUUUUUAUAUAUAAUACUAUUUUUAAAAUUUAUUUAUUUUUAACAUUUUUAUUUCGGUCUAUUGCCUUGUUCUCCGGGUUCUUAGCAUUGUUUUCAAGUAUCAGCCUAGAUUAUUUGCUCAGACGCCGGAGGAGGCGGUUGUGAUUGUAAGGAGUGCUGGUGAUUGACAACAAGGCUGUGAGGACAUUUAAAUCCUCCCAUUUAACAAAAACACAGGCUCCAAUAUGCACAAAAGCCCCCUACAGUGUGCACGAUGCAACUGCAGCAAGUAUGACUGUUUGUCUGUAUUGUUGCUAUGAUAACAGUGUUUUUUUUUUUUUUUUUUUUUCUUCUUCGAACACUGUUAUGGGAUGCAUGUCAGGCAUUUAGUGUGUGCUACUGAUUGAUUUCCCCCCCCCCCCCCCAACUAGUAUUUGCUUUACCCCAGAAGGGUUGGAUGCUUUGUGUUUUCUUUUAUGGUUUUAUAUAUUUUCAAUUUUUACAAAGCUUUCUUGACAUUUGAUUGUUUUUCACACUUUGAUAUUUUUUUUUUUUUUGUCUUCACAGUUUCUUGUCUAACAUUUUUCAUGAUUUAUAUUAUAAGAUUUGUUUUGUCCGUUUCUUUUAUACUACUGCGAAUAUCAGAAAUAUAGGCCAUCUGAAGGCAAAACACAUGCUGCAUUGUCUUUGAUCCAUCACGUGAACUUGUAACUUUUUUUUUUUUUGGACUACCAGCUCUCUUCCAUUGUCUGAAACUAAGCAAGAUUUUUCACAUCUUAAUGUAUAAAAAUACUGUAAUGUUUUGUGACCAAUGAACAUUUAGUGUUUCUUUUGGUGAAAAUCAUGUUUCACCAUAAGAGCAAGCUCAAAAAAAUAAAUCCUGUUAAACAGUAUAUCAAGGUAUUUAUCGAAAACAUUCAAACUGCUCUAGGGAUACCCCCUUAGGCAUCUGUUACAGCCUUGAACUCUAACUUGUUGAAAGCAAAGGUUAGGUUGUUUGUCUGAGUCAAGCAGGGUUAUUCACGAAACUGAUUUGCUAGGAAUUACACAGUGAUUUUCAAAUCAUAGUGCUCAGUAGCUAAAUUGUGAACAAUUCUUAAUGUCUUAAUGUUUUCAGGUUUUUCUCUUUUUUUGUCAAAAAUGGGAAAUUCACUUUGAAUAUAUACAAUCUGCAAUAGAGCAACCUACCUACACUGCCCGAUUUUUAAUUGAUUUCUUGACAUUGGUCAGUAGAUUAUAUUUAAUAUGGAUAUUAUGAUUGGGACAGUGUCAUGUUUUAAUUUUGCAUUUACUGGGCGCUAUGGUUUUUUUGUUCUUCUUGGUGGACUUGUAUUGAAAGUAAAAAUGAAAAGCUUUUUAGGCAAUUUUUUAUUUUUAUUUUUUUAUUUAUUGUAUGCAAUAAUGUAACAGUGGUGUAAUCGGGUGUACACAAUGUAUUUCUGCUUUGUUGAAACUUCACAUGCCAGCUAGAUAAUGUCUUCUUUCAAAUAAACUUGCAAUUUUUUUGUGCACAGCCAAUUAGUAGGCAAUGUAGGAUGUUGCUUUGUAUAUUAUUAUUUAUUUAUUUAUACAUUUGCUGCAGCUGCUCUUCUAUUGCACAGGCAAGUAGCAGCAAUAACGUCAUCACAGACCAAGGGGAUACUUCCAAUCCGGAGCCUCUCAUUGUGGUCUGUGGGAUCUGACCUUCAAUACAACUCUAUCCAACAGGAGUUUAUGGGAUACGUAGUUUAUCACAUAAGGAGUUUUUAACUGGAUUUACAUAAUUCUCAGACUUGUGAACUGUGCACACUGUUUACCCUAGCAGUUGACUGCACCUGUGAACUACAGCGGGUUUGACACUGUGUGCCAAAGAAGGAAACUAAGAACUUAAUGGCAUCUGUGCAGUCUACACAUAUUUGUACAGUCAUGUGUAACUACCAUCACUGACAUCGCAAGGACAUCAUUGUGCAGAUAAUGACACAAGCAACGGAGGUACAGAGCCCGUAAGUCAAAAUUCUGAUCGCAAUGGGGGGAUACAACCUCCCUACAAGGAUCCACGACUGGACAACCAUGGAAGCUAAACGAUGCCGCUUUCAAAACAUGCAUGGAUUGUGAGAUGGACAUUGCCAAUUAUUUGCAGGACUUUUGAAUGCCAGUGUGCUUUCGAGGGCCUGGACAAGGCUAACAGGGCUGCCAUCCUUUGCAGCAAAUUGUCGGGUAGAGCAGCAGAAGCAUACUGGGCUGUACCAGACUCGGACAUCCACAAUUACAAGCAGGUCAAAGAGACACUGCUAGCCAGGAAUGCGGUUACCCCAUGAAGCCUACUCUUCUGCCGACUGGCCUUUUCGUAUACAUUGAGCCAUCCAAAAUUGGAUGCAGGGCAACCAACUUGAAUGACGCCUUGCAGCUGUUACUGUUAGAACAAUUGUUCGAUCAUACGUCCACAGUUAUUCAAGACUGGGUCAGGGACCAAAAGCCCCUGACUGUGGAAGAAGCGGCCGAUUUUUUUAAUUUUACGAUGGCCGAAGGAUCGAAAGCGGCAGGGGGCACCCAGUGUAUCAACCCAACUAUUAUACCCUGAUGACCACACUACUGAACAGAGUUGUAACAGAGCCCCUGUACCCAGAGUGGUUCCUCCGCUGUAAAUUUUCCCAGGUCCUGAGGCACUUAAUCACGCCCAGACAUUUAGAUAAUUGACUUAAUAAUGGUAAACAAAUUAUCACCCAGAUACAGACAGCGCAACACAGAAAUACCCCCAAAACCUCCUUUAAACAUUAAUGUACCCUCACAUAUAAUACACAAUUUUAAAGGGGAGAUCAGAGUGUCCAUUCUGGCAAAAUAGCGCUCUGAUUCAUGCAUAAUUGUCUAAACGCCACACAGUCAAAGUUUUGCCCGACCGCUACCAUAGUCUUGCUGAAAAGAGUUCCAUGCGGUUGGGUUAAAUCCUCUGUGAUUUAUCUGGCGCCUUAUCUUCGUGGGAAAUGGGAGUUCCCUGAUGAUUUCAGGGAGCAAUUGUUCACUUCCAUUUACAUAAGUUUCCCUCCAAAAAGCACUCUUCUGCGAUGCUGGGAAAGUGGGGAAAAUGGAGGUCCAAUAUUUUGACCAUGAAAUCUCCAGCCGGAGUUCCAGGGAGUCUUCAGGUUGGUCCUGCUAAUAGUCUAGACACUCCUACUCUCAGUGAGGGGAGAAAUGUUUUUGAGAUGGAAGCGGCAGGAUUUGGCAGUAGACUGAACAUGAGGUGUGAAGGAGAGGCCGGAGUCAAAGAAAACACCUAGCCAGCGAGCCUUUGUGGUGGAGCUGAUGGUAGCACCGAUGACUUUUAGGGAGACAGACACAGGAGUAGCAACACUUGAGGGAGGAAAGACCAGAAUUUCAGUUUUGGUUAAGUUUUAAGGAAGUGGGCAGCCAUCCAGUUAGAAAUGGCAGAGAGGCAGUCAGAGACAUGUCAUCCGCAUAUAAAUGAUAUUGGAAGCCAAAGGAGCUAUUGAGUUUACCAAUCUUUUAUGUCCAAUUUUCGGUGAAGUAUUUUUCUCUCUAUCCCUAGACGUUUUAGGUUUUCCAUCCCUCACAAGCUCAAAAACCUUGAUUUCCAGCGCCAAGGCCCAUCUGUGCCGGAUUGCUCUCCUCCAGCAUCGUCACAGUGAUGAGGGAACCUCACCCAUGCUUAUUAGACCUUCCCUAUUGGAAAGUAUUGUCAUUGUUUUCCUAUAGCGAUUUUUGAACCUUCAAUUUCUAUUAAUCAUUUAUAUUAACAAAUAUUUGGUGUUUGGCGUUCUGCUUUGGUGGUCUUAUUUGGAAAUCCUAGCUCGUAUUUGCAUAGGGAGAUGUUUGCCUUUUAUCCCAUAUUUUUAUAAAUAAAUUCGGUUGGUUAUUAAAUAGUAACCUUUCUCCAUUGAGCAUUGGUAAUAUAUUUGGUUUAUUUCCGUUUUGAUGCCCUUGCUUUUUCCAAUUUCUCGCUAUGCAUAUUUUUACUGCCAGCAUACUAUGAAUCAUUGAAUAAAUUAGGAGUUUCUCCAAUUGAGGAAAGUCUAGAUGGAGGAGAAGGAACUGUGGGGUCAAAGAGAACUCAUUCAUUGAGAUUUCCAAGAGGAGUCUUUUGAAGUUAUUUUUUUAGUGUCUAACCCAGAGCAUGCGCACCAAAUAUGGAAAUUGGAUCCUUUGGCGUUUUUGCAUCUCCAAUAUUGGUCAGAAUGAACACUAUAGAUUUAAUUUUGUUGGAACCAUAUAACACUGUAUAAAACUUUAUAAUAAAGCUCAAACACAUGUACACAGUGUGUACUGUGUUUGACCCAUUUAAUACUCUGUUUCCAAGUUUGGAUCUCAAAUUUUUUAAAGUCCAGUUCCCAUUUCUUUAUUGGAGGCUCUUUGACAAAGGUGUCAUAAAUACUAAGACUUUUAAGUGAACGGAUAUUCUCUUCUGAGGGUUGUGGUUCUCUAAGAAAUCAGUGGUGCCAUUAUGUGCUAAGAUUUGUUUUGUAGAUGGGUUUUUUUUUUUUUUACUCCCAAGUACGUAAACACUGUGCCUGAAGCAAGAGAAUAAAUAGACUGCAGUUGUUGGAAAGGAAUUGGACUACCGUUAGAAUAGAUACCUGGUUGAUCCCACAUCCAUGAGAGGCUGUCUUAACCCUGCAUGUAAAAGGGCAAUGUCACCAUUGAGCGUCUUGGCAAAUUAUGCAAACUUCCCAGACACCUCUGCUUUUGAUAUAAUUUGUCACUAUAAUUUGAAGUGGCUGUGUAAUAUGGUAUUUUCUCUUUCAUUUUUCCUUUCCUUAUACCUUUUUGUAUCUUAAUAGUUACGCUCCUCUAUUGUUGCUUGACUCUAUUUGUAUUUAUCUUUAUUCCUUGUGCCAGAUCUCAAAUAACCUGGGUGCCUCCAUUUUGUUCUUCUCUAUCCAAGACAUCUGCAAUUUGCCCUUCUUUGGCAUUCUUUUGAUUUAGAUUGUAGAUUAAUUACCAUAGCAACUGCAAUGAAACUUUGCUAAUUUUGUCAGUGGACAGAGCUUAAAGGGGCUCAAAAUAUGCAGAUAUUCGAGAAAUGAUAGAGCCCCUUUAAGCAAAGCUCAUACUCUCUGUAAGAAAAAGUAGUAGUUUUUUUUUUUUUUUUAAAUUUAUAGCAAAGAAAAAAACGAAAGUUAAAAGCGAAAUAGAAGGGCAAAAAAAAUUAUUGCAAAGUGACAGAGCCACUUUUAAUGCUUUAUUUUGUUUAAAUGCACGUGUACAUAUUAUAUAUCAUUUAAUGGACAGAGCUUUCUUCUGAUGCCCCAUAUACAAGCAUAUUAGAACAUUUAAAUAUUAAUGGGGGGGAAAAUAAAAACUAGUUUGUGUCUUAUUUUGACACUCUUGCAGCUAAAGGGGAAAAAAACAAAAUAGAUUUACCUAUUAGUUUUCUUAGCUAAAAUGCUUCAUAUGUCUAAGAAUUAAAUACAUUUUUCGACGUAAGCAUAUAUUGCAGAGAGUGAAUCAAAGAUAAACUGUCUCACUAUCAGGGAAGUGACUGCUCAUUUUACACUAUUGCUAACCCUUGACUCAAAUCAUAGGGGAUUUUCAAUGUUUUAUUAUUUGGUGUAAUGCGAAUUAUGGGUUCACUUUAACUGAAAUGAGCCUAGCAAAUAAUGCAUAAUUUAUCAUUUAGAUACUAACAUUAGUUAUAUUUGGUCCAGUGCUGCAAUGUCUGCAUCUCACCCACCUCUCCCAUCUCACCCACAGUCUGUAUCCAAGCAUGUCAAACUCAAGGGUUAACACUGGCCAAAUAAACAAGGUUUAAAAAAAAAAAAAAUGAAAACUUCAGUUUUAAUAGAAACGUAGGUUUAUUUAGAAAAGUUCAGUAUAAAAAAAGUUGCCUAACUGACACUGGACGUCCUCAAUGCUCGUAGGGCUUCAAAGUAAACAAAAGAGCAAAUUUAUUUGAAGGAGACAUGCAUUUGCAUAUAACCAGUGUUUCAGUCCAACUACCUUGACAUAUUAAGAAAAGUUUUUGGUAAUGGGACUGAAAUGGUGAAUGCAUGCUGUUGCACAGCUGUAAAAAAAAAAACAAAAACAAAAAAAAAAACAACCAAAUUACGUUAUCUUGUUGUUUUUGAAUUUCUAUGAGUGUGUUCUUCACUUUGGCUGAGAUCAUCAAACUUGAUGAUCCUAGCCACUCCAAUGCUUUCCCAUUGGGAGGCUAUUAGGCAUGUGUGGCAAAGAGCUACGCAGUUAAUCAGCAUCUCCAUGGGGAGCAUUCAGCGCCUUCAUGCAGACCCAAUCCAACACACUGCCUUUUCCCUCCAUUCUAAUGCACUGCCCACAAAUCCAAUACAUUGCCGCCUCCACUCAAGCUAAUACACUGCUCCUCCUCACUCCACUCUAAUUGAAUACACUGCCCCACUCCCUACCCUAAUUUAAUACAUUGCCUUCCCCUCCAAUUUAACACACUGACCCCUCUUCCACCACUCUAAUGCACUACCCCCCAUCACCACUCUAAUACCCCGCCCCCACCCACCUACUUCCCAAAAUGAAAGCACUAAACCUUCCCUCAAAAUAAUACACUGGCCCCCUCCCUUCCUAAAUUUAAUACACUGACUGGCCCCCUCACUCCCUCAAAUUGACACCCUGCCCUCCCCAAAUUAAGACACUACACAGGAAGGUCCCCCAAGCACCUCUUCUCCAACCUUUAAGAUGAGACGCCUGUCCUCCAGUUCCAGAUGCUCCUCGGGCACUGCGAGCAGGAGGGAAGGGAGGGGAGGGGGGGUUGUUUUGCAGGCAGACAGGCACGCUGCCCUCUUGUGGCUGUGGAAGGGAAGGCAAGAAUCAGACAGGAAAUAUCUUUCUUGUCUUGCAGCUGGUCACAGCCACAGCACAAAACUGCCCCAGGGCAGGCGGGCCACAAGUAUAUUCAUUGAGGGCCGCAAGUUUGACAUGCUUGCUGUACUCUGUUUUCAUUUGCUCUGCUUGGAAACACACUGACUUCAUUGCCAACAUGUCAGUGUUAGAAUCAUAGACAUAGAACACAUAGACGCCGCACGUCUAUGGUAUUGUGGGCUGAGCGUCGAGGAAUGCGGGCGCCAUCUUGGACCGGUCGCUGCUCUACUGAAGCUAUUGAAGAACCCUUAGAAAGUCCACCUCCAAAAGGUAAGUGACUUGGGGCACUUAAUACCCCUGCUAUCUUACCAGCAAUAUAGGGUCUUGUGCCAUCCCUUAAAGCCUAGUUCUGUACUGGUGACAAAUCAUUUUCUUGUCACACUAACUCUUCUUUAUUAUAAAACUAAACAACAAUCAAUGUUUCAGUUCAUUAUGUGAACUUUCAUCAGGACAUAAAAAUGACCGUUCACAAGAUGAAAUAAAACAUUGACUAUCGUUUGGAUUUAUAAUGAAGAGUAUUCUUUUUGCAAGACCUAGACUGCUGGCACGAUUUGGAUCCAUUAUUAAAGUGUUGCUGAGCACCAGGCAGAACCUAUUUCACAGUGAAGUUGGAGUGUAUAACUGAUGUGUGGGGGUUAUUAAUUUAUUCUAUUUUUUUCUUUUUUUUUUUUUUCUUUGUUAUUCUCAGCCCUACCAGUUUCUGAAUUAUGGUGUUGAUGUUGGUUUUGUUUUCUUUUCUUAAAGGAACACUUUAACUUUAGAAACCCAAACCAUGUUACUCUUUCCAAACCUUCUUAGCUUACUGGGCCUUUUUCUAAAGCCAUUUUACUUACCUGUAGUUCCUUGCCACACCAACUUUGCUCUGGCUGGGAUCAUCAGUGACUUAUGAUCUCAGCCAUUCUAAUGUGUCCCCAAUGCAUUGUCUAAUUAGCUCAGCCUUCAUGCAAUGUGAAGAUGCAAAACGUUGGUCCUGCAACGAUUAGAACAUUUAAUCUGUUCGUUCAGGUGAGUAGAUUGUCCAUUAAAGGGACACUCCAGACCUCUUAAAGCUUGCUGAAAUGCUUUCUGUGUGAAUUUAUUUUAUUUUUUUCCAGUAAUUUAGGUGACUAUAGUUUUCCUUUAAUCUUAACCAGCCCAGUUCUUGUUCUGGGUUGGCUAAUGGUACUCCAGUGAUGCUGCCAGAGGAGAAGUCACAGAUCUGGUAGCAAACUGGCUAAACUCCUGUAUGCACAACAUUCCAUAGCGAAACGCUGCAUAUACAGAUUACAGGUACCAUGACCACUUCAAAUCACUGACUUGUUCAUGCUUCUAAAUGUCCUGAAUUUGGGGUGACCGUUCUGAUUUUCACGUCCUGUCUUAGUUCCCUGGUGUCCCACUUUUGGGAACAGUUACUGUUACAGAGAUUUCCUUGGUUACACUAACUUCCAGCAUUCCACUCUCCUUAAACGUGGACAUAGUAUCUCUUCUGGUCCUAUAUAAAUAAUGCUCACAGGAAGUCUGUGUUUUUUUUUUUUUAAUUUUUUUUUUUAAUUUUUUUUUUUUUUAAGACCUUUAAAAUCUUGUAGGAAAGGGGCAAAGACCAUUUGUCAGAGCUACCUCACGGAGCGCUAUAGUAAGUUCAGCUGCACUGGACACGUGGCAAUAUAUAUUUUCUGUUGGUAACUUAACUGUACAUUAUUGUAACCUAGACCACUUUGUCUCAAUGAGCUAGUUUACAUUGCAGGGUUAACUCCUCUAAUGGCUGUCAUGCUGGCAGCCACUAGUGGUGCUUCCAUGGGCCAUGCAGAGUAAAACUUGGUCAUGUUACAUGGAAGCCAUAUAUGAAAACAUUGAUUCCAUAGGAUAUUUUUGUUUUUUGGGGUAGGUCCCCAUCUAGAGUUAGGAGGGACCCUAUAGAGUUAGGCAUACAAAUUUUGCCUUUUAAAGAACCAUUAAAGCAGGGUACACAAAAGGUAGAUCCCGAGAUGUUCUGGCAUCCUAAAGGCAUGCAAAUAAUCAGUUACCCAUACUACUUAAUCUCAGUGGUCUGGGUGCAGUGGUCCAGUCAUAUUUGUAGAAACUGCAGUGUUUACAUUGCAGGAUUAAAUAAACAUCUAGUGUUCCGGUUUCCUUGAGUGAAACUUGGUCUUGGAAUUAAUUUAAACAGCAUUUGAUUGGAGGAGCGUAGCACCUACCACAUAUUCCUAUUUCCAAAGCAUUGCUUCUCUGUAAGGAGCAUUGGACCAGAGCAGAUUGUGGAAAUGUCAGCUGGCAUGCUGAUGUCUUUGAAGGCAGAGCAUGCAGCUGCAGGAAAGAAGUAACAGAAAUAACUAAUCUUUUUUUUUUUUAUAUAUUAAGCCGUCCAAAAAGGGUUAUUUUUGGGACCAUAGGCUCCCUUUAAUGCUUGUUCAUUGCAAAAACUGACUAGAAGUCAAUUUGUGCAGAAGACAGACAUACAGCUCCCUGUGAAUAUGGAACAGAAUAGCAAACCAACAGAACAUGUAUUUCCAUCUGAGCUGUGACAAUGUUAUUUUCAAGUUGUGUGCUAUGUGCCAAGCCUUGGCAGAGUACCUGGUGUAUGGGUGCCCCAACAAGUCUUUCAGUAGCAAACAUUACCACUCUAAAGAACCUGGAGGAGUCGGGAAAAUCAAAGCAAACCAAAUCCUUUCCAUAAAUGAUAUUUUUUUUUUUUUGAUUGAUUUUUUUUUUUACAUUUAUUUUGAGUAAUAUUUUUCCCACCUUCAAAUAUGCUGAACUACUGUCCACCAUGUGAGCAGAACUUAUACAUGGCUGAGAUGAGGUGACAUAACAUUUCAGCCUGUGGUCACAAUGCGAGUACAGGGCUGACCGCAAUGACAGUCAGACACUAUGCAGAUGUCCUGUUACAACAAGCAUGUCAAACUCGUGGCCCACAAUGGACCUCUUUGCGGCCCAGCGAGCCGCAAGUACAUGCUUCUUGUUAAAGCAGAGUAGGCACCUGCUUUUUUAACAUUGCAGGUGCCUACUCUGCUAAUACUUACCUGGCUGGGGAGGAGCGGUCACUGGCAGCAGCGAGGGAACUCAGUCUUCCUGCUCCUCACUGCUCCCUCGCGCAUGCCUUCUGAAAUGGUGCCGGAAUAUGACAUCAUAUUCCAGCACCUGGCAUCACUAAACUGCACGCAAAGGAGCAGUGAGGAGCAGGAAGACUGAGCUCCAAAUAGAUCACCACUGGACAACAGGAAAUUGUGUGUGUGUCGGUCAGUAAGUGUGUGUGUUGCGAUGGCCGCGGCUUGACAGUGGAGUACCUGGAGGUGCAUGAAGGCACGCAACGCCACAUCACAUUCCGACAUGACGUUGAUGUGCUCCACUAUCACAGGGUUUCAAGAAGCAGCGGGAGGAUCCGCUUUGGCACAUGGUGCGGACUGCGCCAUUCGGGUUAAACCAGAGGCCGGAGUCGCAUACUGGCAGCGGCAUAUGAGUAGAGUCUGCUUGUUGGCUAGAGGGGGAGGACUGGGGUUUAGUAGAAAGGGGAAGGACUUUUCAGAGAAAAGGCAAUGUUUACAUUACAUCCUUGGGAUACCCCCACUGGCAACUCAUCAGAUGGCUACUAGAGGUGCUUUCUAUGGAGGUGGUGCACAGUGUGUGCUACUGACACGGUGUCUCCAUCCUCUGCAUGAAGACCCUGAUCUUUCCUCAUAGAACUGCAUCAAUUCAAUGCAUGUCUAUAAGGAAAUGCUGAUUUGCCAGGGCUGUGUUGGCUCUGCCCCUGAUCUGCCUCCUUUUGGAAAGCAUUGUGAUUGGUUUAGAUCAACACUUCUGCUGAUGUCAGCUAAGCAGUCAGAUAAGGGACAGAACUAGCAGUAGCAGACUGGGAUGAAGGUAAGAUUUUACUAUAUUUAGGGAGGUCGGGGGGGGAUAGAUGAUGUGUUUUAACACUACAGGGUCAGGAAUACAUUUUUGUGUAGCUGACACUAUAGCUGUCCUUUUAAAUUACCUUUUUCUCAGGGCGACGGUAUCUCCCCAUUAAUAAAACUGUCUUGAAAAAGGUAAGUUUCUUUUCAAGCCAAUUUUAUGAAUAGGGAAUCUCUCGCUCUCUGCUAAUCAGCAGCUCCGCUGCCCGAUUCUGCAAGACCCUUCCGAUUUCCUGAUUUUUGAUAAAAUGGAAGGUCAGCAGAGCAAGUAGAUGUGGCACGGGAACAGACUUUGGGGUAAAACUGUUAAAGAACAGUUUAAUACCUUAAGGUGAGCACACACCAGGGACCUCCUAAAACCAUAACGUAAUUGUGAUGAAGUUGUUAUGGUGUCCAAACUGGUCCAUUAAGCUGUGGUUGUUCUGGUGCCUAUGCAACCAUAUGCUGAUUAGCAUUUCAGUGGAUGGAGCAAGUUUGCAUCUUGUUGGGGCUUUUUAAUGGUAUGCUCCUUCAGUUUGUGAGUUUUCACAACACUAAAUAUUAGGUGUAAAAACUCAUUUGAGCACACUUUACUGCAUUUGUUUGGCUUGGGACUCUAUAUUCUCUAUAAAUAGGAGUAACGGUGGAGACCAGGCAAAAAGAACAUAACAUAAAAUGGAAUUUGGUUUUAAGAAUAUAGUUUUGUUUACAGCUAUUUCUACAAUACCAUUAUUAAUAUAGUUUGCUGCUAGAUAACUAUUUGACAAUCAUGUAAGCAAUCUGGAACCUUUCUCUCUUUCGCUCACACUUGUUCACUCCCUUUUUAGCUGCCAACAAGACACAUGAGAAUAUGAUCUUCUGCCAUAUGGCAAACUUGUACUAAGCAUUAAUUAUUACUAAAGGUUAGUGACACUUAGUUUAAUUAUGUUUCAAGGACUCCAAUUAUUUAUCAAUUGUAUUUGUUUCACAUGGAGUUCUCAAAAGUUUUACAUAGUGCAUUCAUCUUGGCUUCAAGUUACAAGGAUUAUUUAGCAACAACGUUUAGCUUGAAUAACACAGGGAUAUGAUGUAUUCCAGUACAAGAGGCUCCAAUACAAUGUCUUAAAGAUGAAGUCAUAUUUGCAUGGCCCAGUAUUACAUAACUUUAUUUUACAGCGCUAGUAUUUUAGGGAUCAAACAAUGAUUUCUUUACUUUGAAGGAGCCCUUCAAUCCCUACAGGUGUCAGGAGUGCCUUGACACUCUUCCUUUUGAAAGUUUUAGAAUAGUCUGAUUUCCUACCUUUGGUCCUCUAAGCGUUGCUCCCCACUUUUACAAAUUUUUAUCUAACUGAAGCUCCUGUUGACUCUCCUGAGCUAAGCCCUGCAGGUCUAGCUUAUUGGAUGAGAGUGUAAGCUGAUUGCUCUCACCCAGUUAGCUAAGCACUAAAACUAUUUAGCUCCUAUAGAGAGCUUCUGGCUCUCUAUAGGAAGUGGAGGUGGGGAGCGUUGCCCAGCAAACUCGAGGUAAGAAGUCAAACUGAUUUAAAACUGUUUGGCUCCUCACAAUAGGGGGGAGUCAUGGCUCUCCUGGUUGCAUAACCGUGGUAGUAUACUCAUUAGUAAUGGUUCUCACCGGGAAGUUAGUCCCCUUUCCCCUGUGUGUUUAUAGCCAAGAGUGAUUAAAGCCUUCUGCUGCUGUAUAUCGCUGUAUCACUUAAACAUUAGUCAAGACUUGGUGAAGAACUGACUUUGUCACAUGGUCACAUUUGAUACCGAGGUCCCCAGGGAGAACAGAAGAAUUGCAACAUACCCAGCGCGUUGGUAUCUGUGCCUAAACUGACACUGGCUAACAAACCGUAAAAACACAUGGUUACCGUGUGGCCAUCUACGAGAAGCUCACCUCUGAGUGCCCAAUCUGUCCAAGAAGCGCUCAGAUUAGAGAUGUCUAUCUCUAAAUAGGUGGAAGGUGAAAGUUUUUAAAGGGCUGCGACCAUCCUCCGGUCUGGCUCAGAAUUCCAGACCAGCUUCUGUGUGCUCCUUGGCUGGGGAAAAGGAACGCUGAGCUUGGAGGCACCGGCUGGAGAGGAGAAAUUUUAGUGAUAUAGUUCUUUAAGGAGAAGGUGGUGGUUGGGAGACAUGUGCCAGUCCUAGGUGACCGGGCUGUGUGUUGCAAUAACCACUGUAGUGUUCCUUUUAAGAAGGGCUGCUCGUAAUGCAUGUAAAAAAAAAAAAAAAAAACUCCAUAACAAAUCAACUUUAAAAUUCCUGUAUUUGCUGCAUAUCACCAGGAUUUGUAACUUCUGCGGUGAACUCUCCCCAGGAAGUCAGAAAGUAGCACAGUCCGACGACUCGUGACCUGAGGAUACAGUAUGAAAAAAUUCCAUUUGUCAGCUGAAUGGAGUUACUGCCAAGUUGACAUCAACCAGUUUACUAAGCAAACUCUAAGUAUCCAGCCACACUUACUUAAAAUGUACAAAAUUUGGUCUUCAUUUGAGAGUGCCAGACCAACAAUACUAUGGAAAUACUAGGACCCAGCACUCAAGUAGGGACUACUUUGUCUUAUGGAGGUGUCCUACACCUGACUAGCUAUGACCAGUGGAGGAGCAAAGUGUGCUUCAUUUCCGGUAGUCAGAGCAAUUUUCCCACAAUUCUCACCUUUGAUACGUGAUCUUGCGAUGCUUCCGGUCAGUAUUCCAGAACGUCCUGUCACUUAGGAUGAAAUGUUAGUUUUGCCGGCGUUCUGUCUAACAGAAUGAGAACAGUUUCUCGUGUUCGGACGCAAUUCGGGACUUUGUUCCAAUCGGAAUUUCAUUUGAAUUAAUUAAACUCCGAUCUGAUUUGUGCCGCGGCUGCAUCUUGCAGCCGCUUAGUAGAUAACUCCCUUAUUCCCACGGUAUUAGGUAGCUAUCUACCAAAAGGCUGAAAGACCUAAAUUUGUCUUUGAGCCAAAUAUACUAAUACUAAGUAAAGAUUACUUAGUAUUGGUAAUCUCUGCCCCUACUUGCUUUGCUGCGAGUAGGGGCAUGUCUAGUAAACAGUGAGCAGCCUGUUUAAUCCCCCCAAAAAUCCUAAUGUCCCCCUCCUGAGCCCCCACCCAUGCCGUGAGAGUGGGGGCUAUUAAACUGAGCGGGGGACCUAUCCACCCCUGCCAGCACCCACCCAUGAGUGGCGGGUGGGGGCCCUAAAUGAAAAUGGGGAGGGGGGAUUAUUGUCCUGCCCCCACCCAUGAGUAUUUGACUCAUAACACUCUGGUUGCUAUCAAACAACCAAUCAGAGUUAUGAGUCAAAUUACACAGCAUGGGAAGAUUCCAAAGAACUUUCCCACGCUGUGUAAAAUGACACAGAGCACUCUGGUUGGAUUUCAAGCCAACCAGUCAGAAUGCUGUGACGGGUAAAUGUAGAGACUUAUGUGUCAGUCUCUUCUUUUACCUGUCAGAGCACUAUGGUUGGCUUAAACCAACCAAUCAGAGCACUCUGAGCCUAAUUGCAGGACGUGGGAAGGCUUUAUAAGCCUUUUCCCGCCCUGCAGAGCUCAGUCUGCGUGGUGCCCUCCAUGGGUGAAGAUGGAUUUUUUUUUAUUUUUUUUUGGGUUGGAGGGGUGAUUAGGGGGGGGUUAACAUUUUUCAUUUAGGGCCUCCACCUGCUGCUCUGGGGGAGGGAAAUAGGUUGUGUGUCCCCCCCUUAUUAUUGCUUAGGGCCCCCGCCCGCUGCUCAGGUGUAGGGACGGGGGAGGACAGUAGUGUAAUUGUCGUCCCCCUUAUUCUGAAUUAGGGCCCCAAUCUGCCGCUCAGAGGUGGGGUCCGGUGGAGGACCGUAGGUUUCCCCCACCCUCUCUUUAUGGAGGGGAGGACGGACAAUAGGUCCCCCCCCUUAUUAUAAUUUAGGGUUCCCACCCGCUGCUUAUGGGUGUGGGGCCCGAGGGCAAUAGCUACCCCGUUCAGUUUAAUACCCGCAUUGGCUCGGGAGGGGGGACACUUUUUUUAUUUUUUUAUUUUUUUACUAAUACUAGGUAAUCUUUAAAUCUAAUACUGUGAGAAUUAGGGAGUUAUCUACUAAGCGGCUCUAAAUUGCAGGCGAUCCGAACAAAGUCCCGAAUACGGUAGUUUCGCUGGCGUUCUAAGUGACAGGACGUCUGAGAAUACUGGCAGGAAGCAUCACGAAUCAAAGGUGAAGAAUUGUGGGAAAAUUGAUCUGACCACCGGAAAUGAAGCACACUUUGCUCCUCUGCUGGUCCCUACUUUUGUCUUCUGUUUGUUUUUAAAGAAACUAGAGCAGACAGGAAGAAAUGAAGAGCAGGUCCUGACAGACAGAAAGAAAAGGAAUCGAUUUAAAGAAAGGUUAUUCCGGCAUGAUAGUGCCACUUUCAGCUGAUAGUCAAACAAAAAAAACACUUCUGGUGUCCUGAUAACUUACCCACUGAACAAAAUCAGUGCAAUAAUUUUGUUUUUUGGGCUUAAUAUACCUGGUGAAAAAUUCCAGAUUUAUGAACACAAUGCUACAGGGGCAACCAGUAAGGCACAUAGUGUUGCUUCAUUCAUCUCUAUGGAAACAACUCAUGCUAGAAAUAUCAUGAAUACCAUAUUUUCACAGGCAACUCUCUGCUUUGAUCACUUUUCUUCAAGUCAAUGGAAACACUUCUGCUCAUAUCCAAGUGCUUUACUUUGUUGCCUACAAGGAUUUAAUGUGCUUAAUGUCAAAUGCUUGUGUGGGUAGUCCUCACAGGAUUUCUAUUGGGAUGCUUCAAGCAUUACGUUCAGGUCUGCAAAACCACGCUAAUGAGCGUUUGCAACACUGUCAACACAUUUAAUUAUUUGAUCCAGCCUAUACAGGAGUACCAGAUCGAGUCCUGAGAUUGUCCAAUGGAAACAACACGAUCAACCUUUGUUUGGACACCAGAGUCUGUUUUAAACAUUUGUUGUAAUUCGCAGAUCCAGCCUGUGUUUCACUUCUGCUUUCACAUCAUUCGUUAUUUUUAUUUUUAUCUCUCCUUUCAUUCAUUAGAAUGCUCCAAAAUGGGACAUGGGCCAAAAAUCAAAGUUUGGAAGAAAAAAAAAAAAAACGUGAAAUGACUCGCUCAUAUUUGCCCCUUGUACAUCUGGCAAAGGUACUGUAUUUUCUGGCGUAUAAGAUGACUUUUUAACCCUGGAAAAUCUUCUCUAAAGUCGGGGGUCGUCUUAUACGCCGGGUAUAGGGUCUAUAUGGCUGCCGGGGGUGCUCACUUCCUUUCAGUCCGGCCGGGAACAGGUAACUGAAUCUCCUGUACCGAUAACUGACUGACAGGACGAAGAGGAGCUCGGCCACCCAAUCUGCACAGGGAAGGGGAGGUGAGAAGAAUGUAGGGAGGAUUGGGGGGGGGGAGUAAAAAGAAUAUAUCGCAAUUAGUCUCCUGUGUGCUAGACCAGCAGGCAUGGAUUAUAUGCCCAAACAGCCUGGCACAUAACUGGCCUUUAAAUGCUAUUUCAGAUUAUAAUUAUUGUCUUGCUGUGUAGCUCUAUCUGUUCACAGUACAUCAUGGCUAAUUUUUAUUUGGUGUGCAUUGGAAGAGGGGUAGUCUUAUACGGCGAGUAUAUCCCAAACUCUAUAUUUUAACUGGAAAAGUUGGGGGUCGUCUUAUACGCCGGAAAAUAAGGUACACAUGGAGUUAUUGCUGUACUCAGAAGACUGUUUACAGACCUAUUAGGGUUUAUACUGUUGUAGGACAUACAUGGAUCACAAAAUAUAUAAGAAAAUCUCAAUCUGUGUGUCAAAAAGGCAGGGAAAAAAAUGCUUAUUCCCACUACAAUUGGUAGAAAUGAGUGGGGAAAAAUUGCCCCACAAUAAGGAUCAAAAUAUGUUCUAUUCCAGUGUCUACUUUCAUAUAUAGUAGGCCUUCAAGGCGUAAUUUGUACUGCUAUAGUUCCACAAAAUUAGACAUAGGCCCAUCAAAUCCAUUAAUCAAAAUUCUAACUAACAGCCGAAAUGGUCAUGCCUCUUAUAAGGCACUUCACAGCAUAAUGUCCACGACAUGCAUUGGGUAUAUUGUUGUACUCAGAAGAUGAAAUUCUGUACAGGAAUCACACACCAAGUUUCUUAAAUACACACUUAAAAAGCCUUGUUAUAUGUGUUCAUGUUAAAAAUCUGAAAAACUGGAAUUUUACUACCAGUGGCGUACACACAAUCCAUGGGGCCCCAGUGUGAAACUGAUCCGUGGGCUCCCCAUGACACACUCACACUCUCUCUGUUUGUCACCCUCCUGUUUCCUACCUUUUAGGUGCAGGAGGGUGACUUUUCCUGGGGUCCAGUGGUGGCUCAGCUUGAUGGUCGCGUGGUUAAAGCGCGCAGUGCUGACUGGGCCCCCUUACAAUCCAUAUCCAUCGGGUGGCCCUAACAGCAUGGGCCACCCGAUGGACCCCUUGGACGGCGGUUUGCCGCGUGGGCUGCAAAAGAUUAUGGCGGGUACCUGGUCGCAGGGGUCCGCAGGGUGGCCGGGCCCCCUGGAGUGACUGGCCCGGUCGCAGCUGCAACCGCGAUACCGUGUUUCCCCGAAAAUAAACCCUACCCUGAAAAUAAGCCCUAGUCGGAUUUUCGGGGUGGGCUGCAAUAUAAGCCCUACCCCGAAAAUAAGACCUAGGCAUUGUACCUUUGCGGCAAGACUUCCUUCUUCUGCUGUAGGAGGAGCGUCGCGCAACGUGAUGACGACAUUUUGCAGCGCCGUCAGUCUGCCUUCACGGAUCUUCAGCGGAAGGAUCCAUUUCCGGGCGGUGAGGCUCCCAGUGGUCGGACUCGGCAAGGAAUCUUUGAAAUGUGAGUACCGCUAGAUAUUUUAUGUCGGGAUUAAUUGAAUUAAUUAAAGGGGGUGGGGGAGUGAAUUAAUUAAAGGGGGGGUGAAUUAAUUAAAGGGUGGGCUGGAUUAAUUAGAGGGGGGUGAAUUAAUUAAAGGGUGGGCUGGAUUAAUUAGAGGGGGUGAAUAAAUUAAAGGGGUGGUGAAUUAAUUAAAGGGUGGGCUGGAUUAAUUAGAGGGGGUGAAUUAAUUAAAGGGGGGUGAAUUAAUUAAAGGGUGGGCUGGAUUAAUUAGAGGGGGGUGGAUUUAUUAAAGGGGGGGUGGAUUAAUUAAAGGGGGGGGUUCAAUGUACAUACCGGUACCGUAAAUAAAUAAGCCCUACCCUGAAAAUAAGCCCUAGUGUGUUUUUUGUGACUAAAAUUAAUAUAAGACCCGGUCUUAUUUUCGGAGAAACACGGUAUGUAAGCCACUGUUUACUACAAUAUUUAGCAGAGAUUGGUAACUAAAUGGCUACAUCAAAAGUAUAAAAAUACCUUUUAGAUAAAUGGCUUAAGAUGUCUACUUUAUAUAAAUAUAUAUACUCUUUUGUGUAGCAAUUUUUUUUUUUUUCUGGGCUGUGUAUGAGGGCUGCUUGUGGAAUUGUGUGUGGAUGGAAAUGUCACCUUGUGUGUUUGAUAGUGUGUGGGGGCUGUUUGGGUUAUUGCAUGUGAGAUGCUGCAUGCAGGGUUGUGUGCAUGUAUGUGGAUUGUUAGUGGUGUUGCGUUUGUGCGGAUUGUGUGUGUGUUUGUGUAUCGGCUGUUCGUAUUAUUUGUAUGAGGGGAGGGUUAUUUCUGUGUAUAUCUAGCAGUAUGGGUGGCUUCCCUAGGUUCCAGUGGUAACCAGGCUGGCCAGGUAUAGCUCAAGUAUAGGAGCUGCAAGCUGCUCUACUACAGUGUGGAUUCCCAUUCACAAGUGCUGGGAGGAAGGGAUCUGAGAUCACUUCCUCUAUGUGCUGCAAUUCAUAAAUUGAGGAUUGUCCUUCACCACCUCUUUGUAUUAGCAGAUAUCUGAAGUUUCACUGGGACUCCUGAUAGGACAGAGCCUGUUUUGGCUCUAGCAGCCUUGAGUGCCGUGCAAAGUCACCUCGAGUGCCGUAGGUUGCCUACCCCUGUUCUAGGCAUUGCUGCCUUUCCAGUUUAGCACCACUGAACAAACCAACCAGGAAAUAACAGGACCAAUCUGAUUGCUAGAGGUUAGUUUAGAAAAGCCCCAGUUUCGAUUCAAAUCUACACUUUUUGUAAUAUGAAAAAAGGACAUGCUCUUUAUACAUAAAGCGAAGUGUAACUUUAAAAUCACAGGUUUAUGCCACUUCUACAUUAAAGGUAUAAUUACAUAAUUUACACGUAAAUUUAUACAAUUUUUAAAUAGAGAAAUCUCUUCAGCUAAUAAUAAAAAAUGAGUCUGCCUUAGCUUUCAUAACUAUUUAAAGGGACUCUGCCACCCCCCAUCCCAUGUUGCUGAAGGGGUUACAACCCCUUCAGUGACUUACCUGAAUCCAGCACUGAUGUCCCUCGGCACUGGUUCAGGCUCUUUCCCCGCUGACGUCAGCUGGCAGGGGAGACCUAAUUCGCAUGCGCAGCAACGGCCGCGUGCGUGCAUUAGACCCCCAGAUAGGAAAGCAUUAUUGAAUGCUUUCCUAUGGGGAUUCUAUCUAAUAGACAGCCACUAGAGGAGGACUUAACCCUGCAUGGUAAUUUUUGCAGUUUAUAAAAACUGCAAUAAUUACACUUGCAGGGUUAAGGGUGGUGGGAGUUGGCACCCAAACCACUCCAAUAAGCAGAAGUGGUCUGGUUGCCUGGAGUGUCCCUUUGUCACCUCUUGUUAUAAAAUCAAAUAACAAAAAGAAUAUAUAUAUAUAUAUAUAUAUAUAUUUUUUUUUGUCUGUCCAGUUCCUAUACUUUCAUGUCAAUCCCCAUCAACCUAUAUAACGAAAGUGUUUUUGUCUGUUUUUUUUUUUCCCAAUUUUUUAAUUUUUUUUUAUUUUUUAUUUUGACCUGAUAGGAUUUUUACCUAUUGCAUUUGAUAGCAUGCUUCUGCAAUCUGCAGUGUACAUUGUAUACUUGGAACGCAAUGAACAUUAUCAUCUGUUACACACUAAAGUGUAAGUUGUCUGGAAAUUAAAUUGAAUUUCAAAUUGUAGGCUAUAAAAAGUUAAACUGAAAAUAAAGUUGACUUGGAGAAUUUUUCUAGUUUGAUUACUUUGCCCUAAAAAUGUAAAUUAAUUUUUAGUUCCCCACAAUUCAUGGUUUAAUGAAUAACAAAUUGAUUUCAACAAAGGAUUCUCUGUCAGAACACAGCAUUUUCAAUGUUUGUGCAACAUAAUAACAUAAUGCAGUGAGUGAAUGUUUUGUUUCUUCUGCUGGUCAGUGCUUACACAGCAGCUCACCAUAACCACAAUUCUAUCCCUAUUGUUCUGUCCUAUAAACUACAAGCUUGAAAGAAUUCACUCAUAGAAUUUCUGUCUCCUUGGCUCAUUUUAUGAAUGGAAAAUUGCCCUAAUUACAUUUUAGUGCUUGUUUCCUGUAAUUGAGUUCAAAGGACCAGAGUUCCUCUGAGUUAUUCCAUUAGAACCUUUUACAGUUUGUCUUCCAUUUGGGCUGCAUCUUUUCUUUCCAGCAAUGUUUACCAGGGGAACAAUUGUUUAAUACAUUCAUUUUAUUCUUGUCACGAAGUUAAAAUAAGGGAAAGAAAGUUUAAAAAAGAAAAAAAUGAUAGAUACUCACUCACACUUGAAGGUCCUGCCUUUGCUGUAGUUAAUUAUUCCAAGCAUCAUAACCACUACAUUCCAUGGUGCCAUUCUUCAGAAAUUGUGGCAAACCAUUUUAUAAAUGUUUGCCCCUUUUAUAUUGGUCCCUGCCAAGCUUUGACUUCUGUCAUGUAAAGCUGCAAAGGUUGGGUGCUGAUCCUGCCUCUCCUUCAUUGGCUGAGAUCAAUUCAGUGACACAUUCAGCCAAUGAAGGAGUGGCAGGCUGUUCCUAACUUUUGUUCCUGGUUGGCUAAUGAUGCCCCAGUUAUACUGCUGUAUCUGUAACAAGCCCUUUCCUAGUCCAGAAAGUUAAUCUGCAAUAGUGCUUUGUUUCCAUGUGCAUUACAGAAUUUAUACCCUAAGCACAGCAGUGUCUUUUGCUGUACAGUCUGUUAUGACAUUAUUGUAUAUGCAUUGGGUGCAUUCAACAAAAUCUUUGUAUUUUUUGGUUUAAGUGAUAAACAUGAUACAAACCCACAUUUAAAGAACAUAUUUCCAGGAUUUUAUAUUUAUCAGGCUGUUGUACGGACUUUUGGUUCACAAAUUUUUUUUUAUUUUUUUUAUUUAUUUUUUUUUUUUUAAAUGCUGAUCAUCUGCUUUUUACAUGUUAAUUCUGGUUAAAACAGAUGUAUUCUGAAUCCAUAGGUGACCUUAUUACAUUCAGAGCUGGAGAAGAUAUCUCAUCAGAAACCUAUACUUUUCCUAUAGAUCUGUUUUCAAAUUAUAUGGAAACCUAGAAUCUAAAAUCAUCAAGACCCUAAAUUGACCCCUGAAGUCUUUCCAUUUUCUGUCUAAAGGCACAGAUAUUAUGAAAGGGACACUAUAGUCACCAAAACAACUUGAGUUUAAUGACGCAGUUUUGGUGUGUGGAUUAUGCUUCUGAAGUUUCACUGCUCAAUUCACAGCCUUUCAUGGAUUAAAACACUUUGUUUCUGUUUAUGCAGCUCUUGCAACACCUCCACCAUUUCUGAUUGACACAGCCUGCAUGAAAAAAACUGGUUUCACUUUCAAUCAGAUGUAAUUUACUUUAAACAAUUUUAUCUUUCUCUGUAAAUUGAACUUUAAUCACAUACGAGAGGCUCUUGCAGGGUCUAGCAAGCUAUUAACCUAGCAGGGGAUAAGAAAAACUAAAUUAAACUGAAUUUGCAAUAAAGGAAUGAUAAAUAUUAGAUGACUUUUCACAAGUGUUUAGGAAGGCUGUGCAAGUCACAUGCAGGGAGGUGUGACUAGGGUGCAUAUACAAUGUAAUUUUAACUCCUAAUUGGCAUAGAAUUGAGCAUUGAGACUGCAGAGGCAUGCUCUACACACCAAAACUGUGUCCUUAAGCUAAAGUUGUUUUGGUGACUAUAGUGUCCCUUUCAUAUUGAAUUUGACUUUGUAUGUGUGUGCUUUAUUCUAUUGCACUAUUUCCCUUGGGAGAUACUUUUAUUAACCCUAAAUUUAGAUGCAUAACAGUAUGUUCUGACGUUGCCUUUCCUGACCAAAAUGCUCAGCAACAAAAAUUUGCAGUAGUUUUGUUCAAUUGACCUUUUCUCCACCGCCAUGGCUGGCCCCGCCUCCGUGGCUGAGAUAAUCAAUCUUGAUGAUCUCAAUUAAUCUAGUGCUUUCCCAUAUGAAAGCUGUGAUGGAGCUCUUGUACUCUGACAGAGUACCUCCACCCAGUUUGCUUUCUAGCCGCUUGCGAGGGAUCCUGGAGCGCUUAAGUCCCAGUUGCAGAGACUUACUGGGGCCUCUGUGGAGCUUUUCCACCUGACCAGGCAGGUAUCGUCUCUGUGAUGGAGCUUCUUGUACCCUGACUGGGUACCUUUGCCAAGCUUGCUUCGUAGCAGCCACAUUGGAAAACCUGGAACGCUUCUGCCCCAAUCGCCCCAGCUUGACUGGGGUCUUUCUGUAGCUUUUCCACCCUGGAUCAGUAUACAGUAACAUAUCUGUAUAGCAGUCUCCGCCAACACUAGCCGAAACUUAGUGAAGGAUUAAGUAGAAUGGAAUAUAUUGAGACAAAGCACAGGAAUUUAUACAUAGACUCCCAGUAUGGGGUCUCCAUUCAAACUAACAGAAGCCCGCCUUGGCGCCUCUGUGUCUGGGAGAUAAUGGAGACCGCUCCCAGUUAAAUUAAUUAUCUCCUACCUAGACACAAAGUGCAAUAAAAAAAAAAACACACCAAAACAUAUACAAUAUAACGGAGCACCUGUACAUGUCAUAUAUCCCCGGAAAGGUCUCUCUGGAGCUCCCAUUCUGUCCAAAAAGUGUUUGUGUUGCAUGUGACUAGCUCAAAUUGGAUGAAAGUCCAAAAUUCAAUGAGCUGUGGCUAGCCUCUGAUCUGGUGCAGAGUUCCUGAGUGUUGGGUCGAGUUCCCCGGUCACAUAACAGCACUUUCCGUGAGUACAAGGAGCUCUUGAUGUCUUUCGAUGCCUUGCCACUCUCUCUGUUAACCCUCCAAAAGGUGCCCUGCUUGAUGGUCCUGGGACAGAGAGCACUCCUGGAUAAAGUUUUAGCGGACAGCGAUGACUCCGCAAUCCACUUUAGAGAACCAGGAGAAAUCAGGGUUUCUCUCAAUCAGGUGCCCUGCGCCUCAGAGCUGGGAAAUGCAGGCUGGAGGGUUAGUCCAUAGUGAUGACAGUCUUUUGAGAGAGGGGUGGAGGUUUGGGGAGACCUGUAUCCGACUAGGUUACUAAAGGAUCUGCCACAGUCCCCUCUGCCUUUUCCUCUACAGCCCUUCUUCCGGGCAGGUAUCGUCCCCUUUGCCUAAUCCAUCUGCAACUCUGCUUCCAGACUGUUAUGCACCACUGCGUGCAGUGUAAUAGCUCUUGUCUUUUCAAAGACACUUGUGGCUCUCAGGCCUAGCUCUCUUGAUUUAUCUCAGGGUUAGAGGGAUCCUCUAGCAUGCAUGCUUAUUGAGCAGGGCUCUCAACAUCUCUGUUCCUGUGGGUCCACUUGUUUGUUACAACUACGUGUCUGUUGGUCCACCCAUUGUACAGUACUACAGAAUUUGCUGGAGCUAUAUAAAUAAUAAUUGUGCAGCCAGCAAACUGGUCCAAGGACUCUGUUACUGGUAUCCCUAAAAAUCCACACCGUUCUAAAAGGAACUAACAUGCUCAGCUUUAUCCUUUCUCGGAACUAGCCCAUAAGCUCAUUACAUGUAACUUAUGGCGACAAAUCAAUAAAAAUAGAAUCAAAUUACAUCAGACAACAUUCUGGAAUUUAUAAUGACAUAUUCAUAAAGGGGUGGGGAAGACAAUAAUUAACACACAAUACCCCAUUGUACAGCGCUACGGAAUUUGUUGGCGCCAUAUAAAUAAUAAAAUAAUAAUAAUAAUAUCUCUCCUGCCUGCAGAAAUAGCAAUAGGCAAAUUAAGAAGCCAUGCCAUGUAUAUAGUGCAUAUAGCUGUUGCUACCAACAGAGAGUGCUAUACAGGCUCCAUAGCCAAAUACAUUUAGUUGGUAAUAAGCAUCAGCAGGACAGGUGAGCACACACACAUUAUACACUCCCCUAUUUACCUUGCCCUGGAGAAGCCUUUGAUAGCCAGAGCAACUGCGAUACCUGCAGUGGGACCUGGCCCUGAUUCUAGGGAAUUCUGGUCAAGUUUACCGGUUGUUUUCCCCAUCCUUGUGUCUUCUGAUGUCUGGGGAAUAGGACUAUGAACACUAAAAGGCUCUCCAUCCAGCUAAGAGGGAAUUUCACUGGAGAUAUCCAGUUGGGAUAUCGGAGCUCCACUACAGUGUGUAAAACUUUUUUUUGUCAACCCUGUGCAUCAUGGAAAAAAUUGGUCUGCAACAGCUGCAGUGCCAAUGCGCUGCUUUGCUUGUUUAAACCAGGACUCUCCAAAUCUAUUGUGUCUGGAUGCCAUGACGAAACCGAACGGUGGACCAGGUUCAGAAUAUAUGCGUUUUUUUGGCGGUCAGAAGGAUCACAGGAUGAAACCUGAACAGCUAUUUUUUUCAGCAAGUGCUUGGGCUGUCUUGGUCAUGUAGCAGUGGAAACUGCUUAAAAGUUGUCAUUGCGUUUUAACGCAGGUUCCUUACUUACAGCUGGUUACUGAUGUCUUAUCCUCUCUGGAUCAGGAGCUCAAGGAAAAUACAAGAUGGAAUGCUGCUUCUCCAGAGCUCCCUUCCCUCCUCACUGCCUGCAGAGGUGUACAGGAAAACAUGUUGACUUGCUAGUGUGUGAAUAACUCGCACAUAAUGAAUCAGAGUGUGCUAUGUGCAUGCAGGUAAUGGGUAAAUAGUGAAAGAAUACUGUUCGCUUGAUAUGUAGGUGUGAGUAGCUGUUGUGCAGUUGUGGUGAGUUAGGUUAUGUAUGAGAAUAUAUGUAAUACAGAGUGUGUGGCAUUUUAUUGUAACUUUUGCUUUGGUUUUAAAUUCUAGCUAGGAUUACUUGUAAUUGUAAACUAUGGUCACAGAAAUGGGUGUGUUGAAAAUUUUUUACACAGUGCUAUUCCAAACUUUUUCCAUUUCAGUUUUCCUUUUUUUUAAAUUUUUUUUUUUCUCAGUGUUUCCAGAUCUUUGUAAUUCAAACAUCAAUAGCAGGUGUUUGGACAUCAACCAGAGUAGGAGUUCUCUGCCUCUCUCAGCAGUUUUGGCCAGCUGUUGGAUCCUAACAUUUUUCUGUGGCAUUUAGCUGGGAUUUCUGUGUGUACUGUAUGACUCAUUUUUUAUUUUCACUAAGGAAACGACCCAGGAUGACAUUUUCCGUUGUCUGUCAUCUCCUUAGCACGUGAUUUAACAUCUGCAGAUUUGCCAUUACUGAAAUGUUGAAUUAUUUUGUUUACAUGCCCGUCUGUUGCACCAAAUGUCAACUGAUAUUUAACCCUUCUAAAGGCUCAGAGGUUGAGGAUCAUGGUUUUACACAUUUGGCACUGGAAGAGUUGACUGUGAGUUCCAUACUUGGCUUUAUUAUAAAGCGCUACGGAAUCUGUUGGCGCUAUAUAAAUGGCAAUAAUAAUAAUAAUAAUGUUGGUCGUGUGCAUUGCAAAGACCCAGUUUUCCCAUACAGGAAAUGUUAAUGUAGCAUUUGAUAGCCAAUAACUUCUAAUACAAUUUUAUUUCUUCUUGCAGCUGUGUGAAAGUAGAGGAGCAUCAGGCAGCUGAUAUUGACCUGUAUCAUUGUCCGAACUGUGAAGUACUACAUGGGCCCUCCCAGUGUAAGUAUUUUCAGCUUUUUCAUGCAGUUAAAUAAGACCUAAAGUAAAUUUGUAAUAUUCGGUUAAUUCAUUUUUUAUGAUCUGUAUACAGUUUAAGGGUUAGUGGAGAACUUUAUAUAUCUUGGAGGGAAAUUUCAAACACUAUAACUACAGUUUCUUGUAUUUGUUUUGAUACUUGAAGACUAUGGGUGAAGUUAAACUGGUUUUCAUUAGACUGUAUUGAAGUAUUUUAAGUCCAUGCACUGACAGGAAUGUCCUAAUACAAAAAAUAGAUUCCUCACUACCUGUUUGUAAAAAAUAUUUGUACACCAUGCAAAUCCAAGCUGUUAGCACAACAUGUGAAAGAUACGACCAUCAAAUCUACGCUAGCAAUUUGAGGAUUAAAUACUGUAAACCUUUUGGCAAUGAACCCAAAUAUUAUGGAUGAAAGGGACACUAUAGUCACCUGAACAACUUUAGCUUAAUAAAGCAGUUUUGGUGUAUAGAACAUGCCCCUGCAGCCUCACUGCUCAAUCCUCUGCCAUUUAGGAGUUAAAUCCCUUUGUUUAUGAACCCUAGUCACACCUCCCUGCAUGUGACUUGCACAGCCUUCCAUAAAUACUUCCUAUUAGGCUUUCUUUAUUGCAAGUUCUGUUUAAUUAAGAUUUUCUUAUCCCUGCUAUGUUAAUAGCUUGCUAGACCCUGCAAGAGCCUCCUGUAUGUGAUUAAAGUUCAAUUUAGAGAUUGAGAUACAAUUAUUUAAGGUAAAUUACAUCUGUUUGAAAGUGAAACCAGUUUUUUUUUCAUGCAGGCUCUGUCAAUCAUAGCCAGGGGAGGUGUGGUUAGGGCUGCAUAAACAGAAACAAAGUGACUUAACUCCUAAAUAACAGUGAAUUGAGCAGUGAAAAUGCAGGGGAAUGAUCUAUACACCAAAACUGCUUUAUUUAGCUAAAGUAAUUUAGGUGACUAUAGUGUUCCUUUAAUUAGAAGUUUAAAUUCAUAAUUAUGAUGCCUCUAUAAUAAGUGGUGCAGUGUACACCACAGUUUUGGGACACUGCUUGACAAUUACUGAAGGGACUGCACGUAUCUACUGUCUCCUGACACUUUAUUCCCCACAACAAGCUGUACUAGUUAUAACGCGUGUAUGGUCUGUUUGUGGAGUUAUCCGUAUCAUGGUAAAUAUGAAUGUUUCUGUACGUGAUUUGUUUGUAUGGGUUUGUUACGUUUCCAUUCUCCGGAUUCACCAGGCACAGUGAAUCUGCAUUUACUGUUGCUUCAAGUAAAAACAACAUUAUUUAGAAACAUCACUUUUUCCUUGGGCAGGAAUUCUCCUGAGUAGUUUGUAGACACACGCGUGAUCAUUUGUAGUAAUUCUUUGUCAUUGUGACUUUUUUUUUUUCUGUUAGAAAGGCAUGCUUACUGAAAUUUUAAAAUCAUCACUUUUCCAGUGACUUCCUAACUGCGUUUUAAGAAGAGCAGCCUGAAAGUGAAAAUUACAUGUGCAGUGUGUGCUUGUAAAUGGGAUCUAAAAUAGUGUUUCUUGCAUUGUUACUUUCUUUAUGCAUUUGACAUUUUAAUAGUUUAAACUAAUCAACUGAUCUUUUGGCAAAAGGGAUGUUUUGGCUCUUUUUUUUUUUUUCCUCCUUCCUUUUCUUAAGACAAAUGCCUUCUGGCAGACAUAGGCAUGUAAGGACAAAAUGAAUCUUCAGAGUACAAGCAGUUCUGGUAUUUAAAUAGAACCUCGCAUGCUCAGUUGGGUUUUUAUCCCCAGUUAUAAGCCAUCUUCCAUGCUAAAAGGAUUUCACAACUGGUGCAUGCAGAUAAAAUGUCCCCAGGGAAACUAGCAGAAAAAAAAAAAUGCUUGCAUGAAUGGUAGCUUGAUGUAUUGGUUGUCAUAAAAAAGACCCUUGGUAUUGUAAUCUCCAAGUAAUGUAAGAUCUUAAUGGGAACCGUCACCAAAUGUGCAUCUUUCCAAAGAGCCGGACUGUCUGCUUACCUCCCCCCACACUUUUUUUUACAUUUUUUUUUUUCACUUUAAGUGAAAUUGAUUAUUAUAAAGGGUUAAGCACUUACACUGAAGAUGGGAACUCACUAUUGAUUAAAUAACAUCAUUAUCGAUCCUGUGACACUCAGAUCUUUUCCUUCCUAAUAAAAUUGUAUCCAGUAUUGGUAUCCAGUGUUAAUAUCCAGCUAGUGUGGCUAAUGGCUGUAGUUUUUUUUAUAAUUAAAUCCAAUGGAAGAUUAAUUUCACUGCAUAAAAAUCUCUGUGGCAUGUGUUUCUAUAAUGUCUUGAUUUUGUCACAGCUUAGUUGUAACAUUCAAUAGAUCACUCUGCUACUGGUACAACAUGGCUAACCUAGUCUGAGAGAGGCUGAUUUAUUGCUGUCUGCACACUAACAUAUUUAGUGAAAUGUAAUCGUAUGUCUGUUUGUUGGUUCUGGAGUUGUUAUUGAUAUUAUUUAUGCAGAUGUGAAUUUAAAGCAGUGUUUGUAAUCAGGAACAGCUUUCUUUUCAAUAAAUGCAUAUGUGUUUCACUGCUCAAUUAUCUCCCAUUUAGAAGUUAAAGGGACACUAUAGUCACCAAAACAACUUUAGCUUAAAGGGACACUCCAGGCACCCAGACCACUUUUGCCCAUUGGAGUGGUCUGGGUGCCAACUCCCACUACCCUUAACCCUGCAACUGUAAAUAUCGCAGUUUUCAUAAACUGCAAUAUUUACAUUGCAGGGUUAACUCCUCCUCUAGUGGCUGUCUACUAGAGGGCAUUUCCUGGUUUAUAGCACAGAUCUUCUGUGCUAUAGCGUCGCUGGACAUCCUCACGCUAUGUGAGGACCUCCAGUGUCGCUAAAAUCCCCAUAGGGAAGCAUUGAAAGCUUCUUUCAAUGCUUUCAUACGGGGAGGUCUAAAGCGCGUGCAUUAGGUCUCCACCGCCGUCCGUGCAUGCGCAACAGGUGCGUGGGCGGACCCUGCACCAGCGCCGACGGACAUCGGCACUGGAUACAGGUUUUAACCCCUUCAGCAACCUGGGAUGGGGGGUGAGAGGCAGAGGGGACCUGCAGUGCCAGGAAAACUGUUUUCCUGGCACUGGAGAGUCCCUUUAAUGAAGCAGUUUUGGUGUAUAGAACAUGCCCCUGCAGCCUCACUGCUCAAUUCUUUGCCAUUUAAGAGUUAAAUCAUUUUGAUUAUGAACCCUAGUCACACCUUCCUGCAUGUGACUUGCACAACCUUCCUAAACAUUUCCUGCAAAGAGUCAUCUAAAGUUUAUCCCUUCUUUAUUGCAAGUUCUGUUUAAUUUAGAUUUUCUUAUCCCUUGCAAUGUCAAUAGCUUGCUAGACCCUGCAAGAGCCUCCUGUAUGUGAUUUAAUGUUCAAUUUACAAAGCAAGAGAUAAGGUAAAUGACAUCUAAUUGAAAGUAAAACCAGUGUUUUGUUUCAUGCAGGCUGUAUCAGUCAUAGCCAGGGAGGUGUGGCAAGGGCUGCACAAACAGAAACAAAUAGAUUUAACUCUUACAUGGCAGCGAAUUGAGCAGUAGAACCUGAGAGGCAUGAUCUAUACACUAAAGCUGCUUCAUUAAGCUAAAGUUGUUUAGGUGACUAUAGUGUUCCUUUAAAUCACUUUUGUUUCUCUUUAUGCAGCCAUAGCCAUACUACUUUAAAGAUUUUUAUCUUCUGUUCUCGAAAUUGAACUUCUAUUACAUACAUGAGGCCCUGCAGGGUCUAGCAAACUAUUAACAAAGCAGUAGUAAAGAAAAUUUGUAAUAAAGAAAGUAUACACAUUAGAUGACUAGUGUCAGGAGGUGUUUAGGUAGAGUAUGAAAGUCACAUGCAGGGAGGUGUGCCAAGAGCUGCAUAAACAAAGUGAUUAAUCUCCUAAAUGGCAGAGAAUUGAGCAGUGAGACUACAAAGGCAUGAUCUAUAAACCAAAACUGCUUCAAGUAUGUCCCGUCUAGGCCCUUAGGAUCUGCUGAAGACUUACGUCUAUCUUCUGUCCGUACUCCCACCUCUGAUGCUCGCCUUCAGGAUUUCUCGAGGGCUGCACCGUUCCUGUGGAACUCGCUUUCCUCCUCCGUUAGAUGCUCACCCAGUCUCCACUCCUUCCAAAAAAUCGUUAAAAACCCACUUCUUCAUAAAAGCGUAUCAAUUAAACUGUUAAUAGCUCCUGACUGAUUCCUCUGUCACUAGUCUAAUACUAUCAUUAACCUUUUUUGUCAUUUUACCACACUCCCUCUAGCAUGUAAGCUCAUUGAGCAGGGCCCUAAACCCCUCUGUUCCUGUGUGUCCAACUUGUAUGGUUACAACUACAUGUCUGUUCGUCCGCCGAUUGUAAAGCGCUGCGGAAUUUGAUGGCGCUAUAUAAAUAACAUAAUAAAGUUGUUUAGGUGACUAUAGUGUCGCAUUAAUUUCAGCUGAUGCAUGCAGAUCUGGCAUUCAGCUAGCAGCUGAAUACCAGAUCUGUCUAAAUAAUAAUUUGGGGCAAAGUUAUAAAAGUGGAGAAAUUAAGUGAUAUAUGCCCUGGUUUCCAUGGCGAUUACUCAACUUUUUCCUCUUGGCUGGCACUGUUAAAAGUUUUAUAAUGCUCAUUUACAUCGUCCAUGAUUAUAACGACAUUCUCUUUUUCACAUAGUUACAUUUUUAGACCUUAGAACCAUGCCAUCUCUUUCCAUAUGGCAUUUGUAGAACUUCCUACUGUAUGCUGCUGUGUGUAUACCUUUUUCUUCCUGCAGGCUAUGUUUAUAUAUAGAUACAGGAAAUUAGAUUACUCUGUGUAAUUCCUGUUACUCAUUUAAACUAUAUAUAAACUAUUUCCUGGCCAGGAAACGACUGUCUUUGUUUUUUGACUAUGGGGGAAAAAAAAAAAAUAUUAGAAAACACAGGCAAAUCCUCUCAAGUGUUAAAUCACAGAAAGGAAACAAACUUUCCCAUUCAGGCGCUCGCUGGAGUUUUGUGGAAAAGAAUAAAAUAAAAUAAAGGUGUGUUUUUUUUUUUAUUUAUUUUUUUAUUUUUUAGUUCUUUAUUUAAUCGUGCAUAUAGGGUACACAUAGGCAAGCAAUGCCCCAACAGCUGUUGUUAGCUUCACAUUCAACAUUAGAAAACAUAGCACAUUUUAUAAGUACAUUAUACAAGACCUAUUUAAAUAUCCCUUGUGGGUGUGGUAAGAGUGGAAGUCAGUUUGGUGAUACCCACAAUGGGGUUGUGCCUCCUUCCUAUAGACUGUGUGUGGCGCAUUAGAGUUGGUAACCCGGCAGGAGGGGGGUGGUAGGGAUUUGUUGGCGAGAGUGUUUACUCUGCCAUGCGGUGUGUUUGGCAACAGUUAACAAGUGUUAAUACAUCCUAUCUUUGUGCUUUUGUAGUGCUUGCUUAUGAAACUGCUUGGGUUGAGCACAUAUUAGGCUAAUAGACUUUGCACGUAUAUUACGGGUUGCGCAAUAAGAAAGAAGAAAUUAUAAUUUAUUUUUUUUAAAUAGUAGAUUUGAAACGGAAACGGAAACAAAGGAGAAUAUAGAUGUGUAUAUAAAAGUAAACAUUCUCUAACUGUGGUAGACAUGUGUGAUGAUGGUGGAAUACAAAAGUCCCCUUGGGUGGUUCAGCUUCUGCUCCCUCAAGUGGGUGAGCUGUUAGGUGACUUUACUAAAUGUAUAUUUUCUUUUCACAUUUCUGACUGCAUUAUGUGUACCUGCUAUUUGUAUCGUAUGUCUGUCUGUUCUAAUAUACAAUUUAGAAUCCAGAUCUACAGUUGUACUGCAGUGUGGACCUAAAGGAUCACUAUAGGGUCAAAACCACCAUCUAGCCCCCCUGGGCCCCUCAUGCCUCCAUCAAUAUAGCAAAAUCUUACUGUAUUCAAACUCGAAGCUGUAAAUCUGUAUGCUGUUUGACUCAGAAAAACAAGCAGUCUGCUAAUAUCAUCAGAAGUGGUAGCCUGAUCCAAUCAAAGUGCUUCCCCAUAGGAUUGGCUGAGACUGACUAGGAGGCAGAUCAGGGGCAGAGCCAGCAUGAUUCAAACACAGCCCUGGCCAAUCUGCAUCCCCUCAUAGAGAUGAAUUGAAUCAAUGAAUCUCUAUGAGGAAAGUUCAGUGUCUUCAUGCAGAGGUAGGAGAUACUGAAUGUUUGGAUGCAUUUUGGGCAGCCAUGAUCCAGGAAGGAUCUCUAACAGCUAUCUGAGGAGUGGCCAGUGACGUUAUCACUAGGCUGUAAUGUAAACACUGCAUUUUCUCUGAAAAGACAGUGUUUAUAGCAAAAAACCUGAAGGUAAUGAUUCUACUCACCAGAACAAAUUCAAUAAGCUGUAGUUGUUCUGGUGACUAUAGUGUCCCUUUAACCAUGGAGCAUGUGUUUACAGUGUGCUGGAAGAAUUGUAUGGAAUUGAAUAGCUCACAAGAAAACAAUUGUUACCAUCUAAUGUAUUGCCGUCAUACUGUUAUCCGCUGUGAGGAAGCAUUUGCUUAUGGGGAUAUAGUGUACAAAAUGAAAGGAACACUCUAAUGUGAAUAUGAGUUUGCAAUUCUGCUAGCAUCUGUGGAUUGUUCACCCUUCUCGCCCGCAGAUUGUCAAUGUUCUUGAGAUACAUUGGUUCUCUGGAACAUGCCCCAAGUGCACAAACUUCUUUUAAACUGUGCACACGUAUACUACUGUAGUAUUCACAUAGAAAUGGUGAAGACCACUUACAAUAAAGCUGCAUUGUGGGCUUGUAACUCCGUCUUGUUUUCUAUUAAUGUGAUUUUUGAAAACAAAAGGAGAAAGAAGAUGGAAGGUAGCGCCAGUAAUAUUAAGUGUAUUAAACUGAAAAAAUUAUAAAAAAAAUUAAAAGUAUUAUAGAGUAUAAAAAGUCCACAAUAAAAGUCCAAUCAGAAAAAAAUACCACUUGGAAGGGAACAGCCAAGUCUUGAUAGAGGUCGUUUUCUUGUUUUGUUUUUUUUUAAAUAUUUUUUCAGUUUUAUAUACUUAGUAUUACUGGCGCUACCUUCCAUCUUCUUUCUCAGUUUGUUUUCGUAACUUUUUAAGGUUUGUGAGGAAACCCUAUUUAUGUAGGUGUGCUGCCUUUGCUUGUCCUUUGCUGUUUGUUAGCGCUGACCCUUUGUAAUGUGUGAUUUUUGUAAUAAUGCUUAAUUACUAUUAUUUUGAGCUUUAGCUUUUUUCUGUUUUUCCUUUUAUUGUAUAUAAAAAAGUGUAAGCAAUUUAGCAUAAAGAAAUGUCCAGAUCCGUUUAAAACCAAUCAUCAGACUUACUGAUUUUGAGGAAGAUCAUGUAUUGAGUAUCUGACUCGGAUUAGCUUCAUGCAGACCUCGGUAAUCCCAGGAUUCUUUGGGCUGCUAGACAUGGCUGACCAUGCAGAGUGGUUUUUGAGGACAUAGAGCAGCUGGAACAUGCAGCCUUUGCACAGCUGCUGCACAUGUUUCACCAGGGACCGAUUUCCAAACCUAACCACUGGUUUAAAGUGAAUUACUUUCUCUACAUUGAGAUGGAAUUCAGGUUUAAAGCCUGUGUUAUCCUAUUAAGGAAAAAUUUAAUUUCAUGACAUCAUUCCAGACUGGUCACUAUAUAUCCAGCACCAGCUGACAAUAUGCUUAUGUGAUUAGUAUAAGGAAGUCUGUCAUUAAGGGAAAGGUGUUCCUAGUAUAACCAGAGAAGCCUAUAGUUCUCUCUCCUUUUGUCAAGAGUGAAUAACCCAUUGAAAGUUUGGAGCUUGUCAUAAGUACUAAACCGCUUACAGCCUUCACACACUGUGCAGAAGCUGUCUGUCUGUGCUAAUGUUUGAUUCCUCCAAGAUCAUGAGAGGGCAGUAGUAACGAAGUACACUUGACCUUUAAUAUACCAUGACCUGAUUAUGCUAGUUUCAGUCAACUGUUUUAACUCAAAAAAACUCUUUUUCUUAGAGUUGCUAUGCAGAGUGAGCGUAUUAAAUUACUCCAUUUAACUCAUUGGCGCCAGUGUGUUUAAAUGCCUGUAAUUGGCUGCUUGCCAAGAAAGCCUGACCGCUUUCAGCAAAAGGCAGUUGUAGAUGGACAGAUGUAUUUUAAUUGUUAAAUUACAUGCUAGACGUAGACACCUUGACUGACACUCAAUCCAUGCUUUUUAUUGCUCACAGUAACCACUUUAUCUAUCAAUAUUCAUGCCAAGUUAGAAUUACUGUUUACUUUUUAUAUUUAGUGGGGUCUGUUACACAAUUUUAUGCUUUAUGUAGUGUUUUUUUUCUUUUCUUAUUUUUUAGGAAGAACUGACUUUAUGAAAACCAAUUUUGGCAUGGAUAUAUAUAUAUAUAUAUAUAUAUAUAUAUAUAUAUAUAUAUAUAUAUAUAUAUAUAUAUAUAUAUAUAUAUAUAUAUAUAUAUAUAUAUAUAAUUUUUUAUUUUCCAUUUCAUAUUGUGAAUAGUAGGCUAUGUCUAGGAAUCUUUGUAAUAAGUGUUAAAUAAUUAUAUGCUGUUAAUUGACACAAUAGAGGCUUGAGCAUCCUAAGACCUUGGAGCCUUUUGAAAGACUAAUUUCUUUGUAUGAAUAUCCAUUGAUGCAUGCAUGCAUGUAUGUAUUUGCAUUUAACAUUGUGACUUUUAGAGACAUUUCACUGAUGUUUUCUGUGCAAGUCCUGGGUUCUACUAAGUUUAUAGAACAGAGCUUUUUAACUAUAUUUUCUCUAUUCUUUCUCCUAGGUUGUUAGUGUUUUCUUAAAUCUACAGUGCCCCCUACUGGAACUCAGGCUGGAUUAACCACAAGCCUCUCCACAAAUACAGUACCUACCAGAGGGUCUUUUACUCAACUGUGGGACUGUGCGAUAGUGACUGCCUGAAUUUUAUUUUUCUUUGAAGACUACAAUGAUAUUUUUUCUCUCUAAAUCCUCUGGUCAAGUUUUAAUCUCCUGGAGAUUACACAUACCAUAAUAAAUAGGAAGAUGUAAAAAC